UAGAUUCAAGCUUCAAUCCCUGCCAUUUUCAGAGGAAAUUUGAAAGAAAAAUUUACAGGCGCCAUUUUAAUCUCUCUGAUUUUUUGUCGCGUCCUUUGAUUUUUCUUCUUAAAUUUCCAACCAUUUCUCACCAUUUUCCGCCAAUCCCCAAACCAAGAGAGAGGGAAUUUCAAAAAACAAACGAAAAAAAUGGCCGAUGGCUACUCCAAAAUCAAAGCCGCCUGCAAAUUCAAGUCCAGAUCCAUAGAUUAUUCCGAUCUCGCAUCGCUCCCUCACUCCCUCAAAUUCACCGCCGCCGUCCCCAAUCCGAACUCCCUCGCUCACGAAUCCGAUCAGAACAGAGCCAAUCGGGCGCGGGCGCAGAGCUGCUUGCCGGAGGAGGAGGAAGACGAAUACGGCGGCGGCGGAGGCGUCGCCGUCGCCGCGCUGAGUCGGAACAGCUCUGUUUCUUCUUCCGCAUCCGGACUCCAUUCGGCGGUGAAGAGAGCUCUGUCGAUGCGGAGAUCUUCGUCUGUGGCGGAGCGGUACUGUAGGAUUCACGAUCAGUUCGCGACGCUUGCAUCGCCGAUUGACGAUGAGGAAAUUGGAGCGGGAGAUUCCAAAGAAAGUCGAAAAUCGGCAGGAUCUGUGAGGAGGAAGAAGAAGAACGCGGCGGGGAAGAUCGUUAGAGCCUGUAAGCGGCUGUUUGGACUGUAGCUUCGAUGAGCAUUUUUGAACAAAUCGAGUGAAAUCGUAGUUGGAUCAGUCUGCCAACGUCUGUCAUCACUUUUUCACAUUCAUCUCUCUCUCUCGAAAACGGAAAUACUUUGGUGAGGUUACGAUCAUCCUCAAAUCUUAGCUAUUUUGUCAAAUAUUUAAUCGCGAUAGAAAUAAGAUUGAUCCUUAUUACUGUCAAGGAGGAAGAAUUUUUCAUAAUCUUUA